UUUUUUUUAAAAAAAUUUUUUUUUAUUUUAUCAUUCAAAUAUUUAAUAUCACAAAUUUUGAACUUUAUCUCAUUUAAAAAUUGAUAUUUUUCUGUUAAGUUAUAUCAUUCUUUCCUAUAUAUAUUCGUAAUCGAAUAUGAAAUAUAUUCCUAGAAGUAAGAAGAUAGAAGAGCUGGCUAAAAUGAAUUCAACCCCAUCUCAGGAUGAGAUCGUAGCUAGCACUAAGCUGGUGGUCCAGGGACUCGAGGCCCUUAAAAGCGAACACAAUACGAUACUCAACAGCGUGAAUUAUACUCUCAAAUCCACCAAAAAAGAUCAACCGGAAAUGGAAAUGGUGGAGGAAAAGGCGAACAUAGUUUCCAAGUUGAUCGAGAUGAUCGAUUUGGGAUUGAACGAAGCUCAGAUUAUGAUGACCCUUUCCAACCAUUGGCAAAGCAACGAAUCCGAGAAGCAAAAGCUCAAGACCCAAGUCCGCCGACUAUGCCAAGAAAAUUCCUGGUUACGGGACGAAUUAGCCAACACCCAACAGAAACUCAUAAGCAGUGAACAGAACGUGGCCUCCUUGGAAGAACAGAACAAGCAUCUGGAGUACAUGGCCGACAUCAAAAAAUACGACGACGACUCCAACUUAACCGCGAGUUACGGGGAAAGCGGAGGGGACCACCGACUAAACAGCAAUAUCAACACCGACUCCACCCUUUUAGAUCUCGGUUUUGACGACGUGGAAACAUCGGACCCAAACGAUAACACCUCCAUCAAAAACCAUCUAAACUCUUCUAACUCUGGCCGUCAGCACAAAAGCGCCGGUUCCAACUCCAUGCUGAACAGCAGCGGCUACGAAAUACCAGCCAGACUCAGGACCCUGCAUAAUUUAGUCAUCCAGUACGCGGCCCAGAGAAGGUACGAAGUAGCGAUCCCAUUAUGCAAACAAGCCUUGGAAGAUUUAGAGAAAACCAGUGGGCAUAAUCACCCCGACGUGGCAACCAUGCUAAAUAUAUUGGCCUUAGUUUAUAGGGACCAAAACAAGCUUAAAGAAGCCGCAACCCUAUUGAACGACGCUCUGGAAAUCAGGGAAAAAACAUUGGGCCAAAACCACCCGGCCGUUGCCGCCACCCUCAAUAACUUGGCCGUCCUUUACGGAAAACGCAACAAAUUUAAGGAGGCCGAACCACUUUGUAAAAGGGCCCUCGAGAUCAGGGAAAAGGUAAUGGGACUGGAUCAUCCCGAUGUGGCCAAACAACUCAAUAACCUAGCCCUGCUUUGUCAAAAUCAAGGGAAAUACGAAGAAGUCGAAAAAUAUUACCUGAGAGCACUGGAUAUAUACCAAUCUAAACUCGGUUUCGAUAACCCAAACGUCGCCAAAACGAAAAAUAAUUUGGCUGCCGCUUAUCUAAAACAAGGCAAAUACAAGCAGGCUGAAAUCCUUUAUAAGCAAAUAUUGACACGUGCUCAUGAAAAAACAUAUGGAUCUGACGAAAACAACAAACCCAUAUGGAAAUUAGCCGAAGAACGGGAAGGUUCUAAAAACUCGACGAUAUCGAAUGCCACUGAAAACAAUACAACGAAUACUCUAAAUAAUUCUGCCUUCUAUUCGGACGGCAAUGAGUAUGGCUCCUGGCAUAAAACACCUAACGUGGAUAGUCCAACGAUAUCCAACACCUUAAAAAGUUUGGGGGCUUUAUACAGGCGGCAAGGCAAGUUUGAGGCAGCUGAAGUUUUGGAAGAAUGUGCGUUAAGGGGAAGAAAACAAGCCUUCGAUAUAAUAAGCCAAAACGGAACCAAUAACGUGUCGAUAGAUAUAGAAAACUCGACUUCCCGUUACAAUAACCCUUCCAGCUAUAACGUAAACGUAAAUUUAUCCGAAAAUUUAAAUUGUGCUAAUGUGAACAAGUGUCUAAGUAAACUAGGGAAUCCGGUCAGUGGGCAGACCCCAACCCCCGCUAGUUUACAACAAAGGCUCAAAAAAUUGUUUGAAUUAUGAUACGAAAUAUAUAACGACUUUUUAGAAAUUUUUUAAAAAAUUGAAAAACUCUACAGAAAAAAAAUAGCAUUUUUUUCUGUUUAUUAAGUAUUGAUUGGUAUUUGGUUUGGAUUUUAUUCCAUUAGGAAUAAUCUUAGACUCCCUCCACAACAAUAUUGUCCAUAAAUCUUUUAUUAUGACCAUUCAUACACACUUUCCACGAUUUCCAUUAACGAUGUCUGAUCUCUAAAAUAUAAAU